CUUUGUCCGAUCGUUCUAAGAUUUAUGGAUACUAUCAAAGGACUUCUUUCCCUGUCUUUGCCUUUCCUUACUGAGUACUCAAUCUUGGAUUCAUCAAAAUGGCCCCAAUGCUUUCUUCUGUUCCACAAGUCACCGCCCCGGAAAUAGGGUUGACCACGGACAAAAACAUUGCUUUUGACUCAACCCCUUCUAAGAAAGAAGCUUCCGUUGUUGAUACAACAAUAUCACCACCUCCCGAUGGGGGACUGAAAGCAUGGACUCAAGUACUCAUGGGCCACCUCGUCCUGAUUAACACCUGGGGGUACUUGACCUCGUUCGGCUUAUUCCAGUCGUAUUACACAACCGCCCUGAAUUCGACACCUUCGGCCGUGAGUUGGAUUGGAUCUGUUCAGAUCUUUUGUGUUUACAUUAUCGGCGCUUUUUCUGGUAGGGCACUCGAUGCAGGUCAAUACCGUCCGAUCCUCAUCGUGGGAUCCCUUCUGCAACUCAUCGGCAUUUUCAUGACAUCUCUCUCCACCAAGUACUGGCAUCUUUUUCUUGCCCAAGGUGUAUGCAAAGGACUUGGGGACGGGCUGCUCUUCUGUCCUACGGUGUCGUUAGUGGCCACUUAUUUCUCGACUAAACGGGUUUUAGCCAUGUCGUGUACCGCAUCAGGGGCUGCUACUGGAGGCAUCAUCUUCCCAAUCAUCGCUCGACAGCUACUACCAACCAUCGGGUUUGGGUGGACGGUGCGGGUGAUGGGGUUUGUAGUAUUGUUCAAUGCUAUCAUCGUCGUCUCUAUUGCACGAGUACGUCUGCCACCACGCAAGACUGGACCAUUAGUUGAAUUGGCCGCAUUCCGCGAACCGUCAUAUACUUUGUUUUGCAUCGGCAUGUUCUUCAACUUGUGGGCCGUUUACUAUGCAUACUUUUACAUAAGUUCAUUCGGUAAAGACAUCAUCGGCGUCUCGUCAUCGACUUCUAUAGUCCUACUUCUUGUCAUGAACGCGAUCGGAAUACCAGGACGUCUCAUCCCCGCCCUCAUCGCCGACUACUUCCUCGGCCCCGUCAACACCAUCGUCAUCGUCUCCCUCUUCGCCGGCACCCUAUUCUUCUGCUGGGCUGCAAUCUCAAACGUCGGAUCCCUCUAUGCCUUCUGCAUCCUCUACGGUUUCUUUGGCGCAGGAAUCCAAUCCCUCUUCCCGGCCUCGUGCGUCAGUCUAACGAGCGACCCGCAAAAGAUUGGCGUAAGGACGGGCAUGGUGUUCACCGUGAUGUCGAUACCAAGUUUGACUGGGCCGCCCAUUGCUGGUGCGCUUAUCGAGUCUCGUGGUGGGAGCUUCUUGUAUGCCCAGAUGUUUGGUGGGGCCGCUUUUAUGGGCGGCAUGUUGACGUUGAUGUCUGCGAGGGUGGCGAAGACGGGUUGGGUUUGGAGGAAGAGGAUGUAGAUGAAGUGGAGAGGGGAGUGUGAAUGAUACCAGAUAGACUAUAAUAGACUUAG